AUGUCGGCAGGGAGCGAGCGCUCGAACGCGGCCUACGCGACGCCGGCGGCGGUGCUGGCGGACUUCUCGCGCGGAUCCGGCCCGUCCGUCUCCGGCGGGGCCGCCGGCAGCGUCAGCGGCAGCGGGACGAGCCAGGCGGAGGGCGGGGCGAGGAGGAAGCCCUCCUUCCGCCUCGCGGCGGACGACACCAAGCCCAUCCUCCGCGACCCGAUCUCGCGGUCCGACCCCGUGGAGACCGAGCAGGCCGUGCUGCGCCUGCCGCCCUUCCCCUGA